AUGUCUUCCACGACGGAUUGGGUAUGGGACCAGUCGCACGGAGCCUACUAUCACGCCGAGUCGGGGAUGCUGGCCGUUCCCAAUGCCUCCGGGAGCUGGGACUAUACUCCGCUCGCUGAUCCUCGAGAGCGACUUCCGCCGGAGGACAAAGAAGAGGGCGAGGUGGACGAUGAUGUUGGCUGGGGAGGUCUAAUGGAGCCGGAAGAUCUGGCAAAGGCGCAGGCCUACUCGGAUCCCUCGGUCUAUGCGUAUGGCGCAUCCCCAUCCCAGACGGCCAAACACAUCCUCCGCCUUGUCGUUGAAAAGAGCUCGGUAUUGCCUGUUGGCGGCAUGGCGAUGAUCGAUGCGCGGGAGGGAGGCGUGCAUAUAGGGAGAGACAGGCAGGAGGGGCAGGCUAGACUAAGAGUGAAGGAGAUGGAAGUCAGCAAGACUCACGCGGUGGUGUAUUGGGGGAAAGUUGAGGAGGAAGAGGGAUGGUUAAUCGUCGAUCUCGGCUCUACGCAUGGCACAUUUCUCUCGCAGUCCCGCCUGUCCGACGCCAAAUCAUCUUCUCUACCACAUCCCAUUCGCCAUCUAUCCACCAUCUCCCUCGGACAUACCACAUUCGCUGCCCACAUCCAUCCCUCCUGGCCUUGCGACCAAUGCCAACUCAAAGCCGACACCGAAAUCAGGCUCGACGAGGGACUUCCCCUAGAAACGCCUCCCUCAGAGCCCCUCUUUGAAUCAUCAGGCGGGAAACAGAUGCGGGAGUUGAAGAGGAAGAGGGAGGUGGCGGCACUAAAGGAGGCGCUGCUGGCGGGUCCGACUGAUCAGCCCACCGUCUACCAAGAUCGGGCUGCUCAACGGCGACGUCUUCACCCAGAAACCCGCCCAGCCCGGUCAGCCUCACCACCGGUAGCGCCUCCAAAACCCAGCUUUGCUGCAAAGCUUUUGGCGGAUCAAGGAUGGACGCCUGGAACGGGAUUGGGGAGGACGGCGGGUCGGGCUGAGCCGAUCAAGGUGGAGAUGCGGAUGGAGAAGCGGGGUCUAGGUGCUGUCGGAGCUAAAGCUGAGAGCGGGGACUGGAGGGCGCAAGGAAAGGAGCGAAGGUAUCAAGAGCUGCGGAAGUGA